AUGUCAAUUUCCGUAAAUUCAUCGGACCGGGUUUGUGAAAAUGGAAUCCAGCAUGUUGAACUACUUCCUGCAACCAAUGAUGUCCAUGGAGGAGUUAUUGUAGACAUGAAGGAUGCUAUGGACGCUCAGCACUUUCUUACUCUGCUUAGGGCUUCAAUCUCACAAUGGAGGAGAGAGGGGAAGAAGGGUGUGUGGAUAAAAUUGCCCAUUGAGCUUGUAAAUCUUGUCGAAACAGCAGUUAAGGAGGGGUUUCGAUAUCAUCAUGCUGAGCCACACUACCUCAUGCUUGUUUAUUGGAUUCCUGAAACUACUAAUACUCUACCUGCAAAUGCUUCACACCGAGUAAGUGUUGGGGCUAUUGUUGUGAAUGAUAAAAAAGAGAUGCUUGUAGUCCAGGAGAAGAGUGGCAGGUUCCAAGGAACAGGUGUGUGGAAAAUCCCAACUGGAGUUGUUGACGAGGGCGAGGAUAUUUUUAAGGCAGCUGUAAGAGAAGUUAAAGAAGAGACAGGGAUUGAUGCAGAAUUUUUGGAGGUAUUAGCAUUCAGGCAAUCACACAAGUCAUUCUUCGAGAAGUCAGAUCUAUCUUUUGUGUGUAUGCUGCAUCCUCAAACCUUUGACAUCGAAAAGCAAGAACUGGAGAUUGAGGCAGCCAAGUGGAUGCCACUUGAGGAGUAUGCAGCUCAACCAGUCACCCAAACGCAUGCGCUCUUCAAGUACAUUCUUGAACUGGGCUUGGCAAAAUUAGACAGAGACUAUGCUGGGGCAGGAGAUGCAGUGCCUAAGUUCUCUUGA